UUCGCCAGCUUGCUCACAUUUUUCCACUCGCUUCUCGAAAUGGCCUCCGCAAUUGUUGAAAAAAUCAAGACCGAAUUGUCGGCCGCCGGGCUUUCUUCCGGAGCCAUCGAUGGUAUCCUGAAGAUCGCUGCCACCUAUAAGCCAAAGGAGGGCGAGAAGCCAGAUCUGGCUCAAGCUAUGGUGACUAUUGGAAAGCUCUUCGCUGAACUUGAGACAUUCAUCAAAACUCAACCGGAAUCCGAUCAAACUAUCUAUCAUGCUAUUAUCGAAAAGAAGAAGGCCGAGCUUGUCGCUCAUGGCAUUAAGUUUUGAUUUUUGUAAUGGUUUUUUAAAAAUUAAUUUGUUUUAAUAAAUGGUUUUGUAUUCGU